CUGCCUAGUGCCUUCACUUCAUUAGUUCAUUACAUUAAUAUUGAUACCGAUAGUGACAUAGUGUAUUAUGUUUACUUCGUUAUAUUGAUAGUUGCAUGUAUUUUCUAGUCGGUAUUGACAGUUGCAAUAUGAAUAAAGAUAACUAUAACAUUAACAACAGUAUUUGUUGAUCCUAGCGACCUAAUUAACAGUGACGCAAUGCCAGAUCCAUUAACUAUUACUUACACUCAUCGUCUUUGACAUGACCGGUUAAAGCGACGUUCGUUUUCAAAAUUACGUUAUUUUCGCUUUGUUGUUUGCAGACCAAGAUCAAAGAUCGCUAUUUAAACGGUAUACCUCGAGAUAAACAGCUUAACUUUAAGUGCCUUAAAUCCACCUUUUUGACAAUUGUCUGUGAAGUGUGGCUUUUAGUUUCGACGCCAAAGCUGUUUAAUAAAAGAAACCUGUCAUAAUUAUUUUGAGGAAUGUACUGGCUCGUACUGUGGACUUUUCUGGGCGGAGUUGUAUCAGGAAGUGAAAGAGGUUACUCUCCGAGAGGUUACUCUCCGAGAGGGAUACAGCCUCGUAUUUACAAUGGAGAUGAUGCCGUUAUUGGGGAGUUUCCAUUCAUGGCUCAAGUGCUAGCAGACAUAGCAUUUAAUGAGGAAGGAGUAAUGACACAGAAUCUGUGCGGAGGAAGUAUCCUAGCAACCAACAUAAUACUGACUGCUGCUCACUGUGUAGUAAGAGACGUGUCAGGACUGGGAUGGGAGGAGUCGCAGGACCAGAUUUACCAUCCUGUACAGUUAGGUGUGUGGACGGGAGAUCUUGAUAAUUUUGACACUGAUAACCAACAAUUUGGCUCCGUCAAAGCCAUCAUUGUUCAUGAGGAUUAUGAUUCUUACAGAGUAGUGAACGACAUAGCAGUGAUCGUUCUUGAAAAUGACCUCCUAUUUGACAAGUAUACAGCAGCUGUGUCUCUUCCUAAGGAGGAAGACAUGCUUUACACGGAGGGUAGCCUAGUUACUGUGGUAGGGUGGGGUCUUACGGAGGAGGAACAUACUUCGCACGUGCUUCAGAAGCUGAACUACGAAGUGAGGUCACGUGAGCAGUGUACGGGAAGUUACGGAGACCAGUUUGUGCCUGGUAUGAUGUGUACAGGGAUCAAACCUAUGGAGAAACACAGUGCUAUUGGAGAUUCUGGUGGACCUCUAAUCACAAAAGUUAAAGACAAAUGGGUUCAGUUAGGAAUAGUAAGUUGGGGAGCAGAGGAUCCUGACGAGAGUUCCUUUGAUGUGAACACUGACGUUUCUUACUUCAAAUCCUGGAUACAGUCGGUUCUGAACAAAGUAAACACCAAACAAGGACAAAAGUACAUUUCGGAGGACGAAUCAAAAAACCUUCUGCUAACCAACUUACCAAACUACACGUUCAAGCGAAUAACUUUUUAUCCAAAAGAUCGUUAUUCAAAAUAUACUAGAAUUCGUAUAAAAGAUUCCUAUUUGAAUGCGAACAGCUUCAUUACGAUCUAUGAUGGCUCUCCACUUGACUACAACCAAAUGCUGGCUCAGUGGACUGGUAAUAUCUCCCUUGAAACCGUCGUCGGGUUUGAAAAUCAAGAACUGACAGUCAUUAUCAUGACUGGAAAGGAAAGCAGAGACAAUCAUAUCAACCUUACCUUCAACCAGGUGAGGAACCCAGGUACAAGAUACAAACUCCGGUGCUCUCUUGGAUAUUCCCGGUGUCUAGACAACUUUUACUGCAUCCAAAACAAAUCUUUCUGUGACGGAGUCGGGCAGUGUAAGUUGUUCGUUUCUCGCAAGAACUAAGCGGUGAAAUAAUUAAAAUUCAAAGAUAGACUCUUAAAUGAAAUGACUGGCGGCGUAGACUCUGUGGAAUAGAUUCUAGAAUAUGGUGUUCACCAGUAACAUGAAAUCAUGAAUAAAUGAGAUUGCUCAAUAUUCAAUUAUAACUUUUUGCAGGCAACGAUGCAAGUGAUGAGGUAAACGAAGUAUGUGAAACUGUUACUCGCAAAAAUGAAACUAAUUAUUCUACUUUUACUACUGACAAUAAAGAAGUUGACACCUCAAUUUCAUCUGCUAUUCGAAUUAAAUAUAUUAGCUUUUUUGUGAUUGUAUUAAUAACCAUAUUUUGCUUUUACUUGCCAUUUUAAA